AGUUGUGUUGCCGGAUUGUGCGUGUUGAAAAGAAAAAGCCUCUGCUUUUCACCUCUCGCAACGUGGUCAUUCUCGUAGCUUCAAUAACUGUUUUGUGGGUUGUGGCCCUUUAAGAAUGUAGAUAACGUGACAGAAAUUUAAAACACAGCCAGCACGUUAUUCACCGUUGUAGGGUUGGUGGCCCGAUAGUGGUUGUUGUUGUUUAGCGACCAUUUUGCUUGCGUUCCUCACCUCACCAUGGCGUCGUGUGCGGUGGAAACUGCAGGUCCGACUUUAUUGGAAAAAAUUGAAAGCUUCCUCAAUGACUCCCAGUACAGAGAAACCGUGGAAAGCUCUGUCAACUACAACACUCGACUAUGCAUCGAAAGAAGACUGCGUAUGCCUUUCUUGGACUCUCAAACAGGUGUGGCCCAGAACCAUUCCAAUCUGUUCAUGGCUGCCCGUCACCGACUCCCUGGAUUCCUUCAGGGGCAGAUUUAUACUUACCCCUCCAAGCGGUGGCGGAAAAAGCGGCGUCAGUAUCUGUCAAGUUUUUUGCAACCACGUAGGGGCACCGUGAUGCCUCCCAAAGAAGCAGGUGAUGAGGCUGGAGAGCAUUUCCACACAAUUAGCACAGUCGAAAAUCCUGCUGCGGUUUCUGUCGGUAAUGAUGAAGCCAGCAAAGACAGCCUGAAAGAAGAUCCCAAGGACUGGUACAUCAACGAAGAUGACAUGUUUGACAUGGAAGGCUUUGAUGAACCUGAUCCUGACUCAGAUUAUGACUAUGAAGAGUCUUACCGGAAAAAGAAAAAACGUAGUUCCAAACCAGCUCGAGGGUCAUCAUCCAAUGAUUCACCCCACAACAAGAAAGCAAAACCUGCUGGCCGAGGAAGGCAAAAGAAAAAUCCUACAGUAUAUCCAGACCCUUCAGAUCCGGAAAAACCUUUUGGCUGUGAUAUUUGCGGGGCCAGGUACAAGACGCGGCCCGGGCUAACUUACCACUUCACCCACUCGCACAAGAACAAAGACCUGGAUGAGGACGACUCAAGCACAGGCCCCAUUGGGGGCGGGCCCAUGGGGGCCAUGGGGGGCCAGAGCCCAGGAGGUCCUGGCGGUAGUAUGGGCCAUGGCCCCUCAGGGGGCGUGGGUGGGCCCCCAGGGGGCGCGGGCUCGAUGCCGGGGGACAUGGCCUCCGGCAGCGCGACAGGGCACGGCAACGGGGACUCGCUGAAGAGCCCGGACGGCCAGGCCCCGGGCCAAGCAGCCGGACACAACCAAGCAGCAGGCUGGAGCAAGUUCCAAGACUCGUAUCUCACCUUCCUUAAAUCCCCUGAAGGAAGUCCCAAGAAGGCGAAAGGUGCCUCUGGUACCAAGCCUACACCAUCGUCAGCAGGCCAUUCAAGACCCACUACCCCAGCCGGAGAAGACUCAGAUCCUAACUCAGAAAUGAGGAAGAUGAUGAUGGGAGGUCCCUUGGAGGGUGGAUUAUCGUUUGAAGACCGACGUCCAAAAGCGAAUCCCUCUCCGUAUUGUGACUUUUGCUUGGGAGAUGCCAGUGAAAACAAGAAGUCUGGUGCUCCUGAAGUACUUGUAUCUUGUGCUGAUUGUGGACGUUCGGGUCACCCGUCAUGUCUGCAAUUUACUGCUAAUAUGAUCAUUUCUUACCGCAAAUAUCGGUGGCAGUGCAUUGAAUGCAAGUGUUGCUCCAUUUGUGGCAACUCUGAUAAUGAUGACCAGCUACUAUUUUGCGAUGACUGCGAUCGCGGCUACCACAUGUACUGCCUGUCUCCACCCUUGACAUCUCCUCCAGAAGGUUCAUGGAGCUGCAGGCUCUGCCUGGCUGAGUUCCAUAGCAAGUAAGCAGUGAGGAUUGAACUGGAACCUUUGUUUGUUUUUUUCAUUUAUAGAAACCAUACAAGUACUAUACUUAAUAGAUUUAGAUAAAUUUUCUUUUCACCAACAAUCUGUCGUCAAUGAAAUUCCUACCUUGAUUUAUGUGUAUUUUUGCUCUGUAAAUAUUGUAGAAGGAAAUUUGUGUAUUGAAAGCAGCCACUGGCUUACCUGUUCUGGAGCAGACAGUAUUUUGACUGAAUAACACCUGUACUUGGUUUAAUUUUAUGUUACUGUAGCUUCCAUUGCGUAUUUGAUCAUCAGUAUUCAAAAUGGGAACCAGCAUUGUGAUUUUCCCUGUGUUAGGAUGUAUUUAACCUUUGUGUGUGAUUCAAGAACAUUAUGAAAUAGAGGCAGCUGUUUUUAAUCUUUAUGGCGAAUUAUAUGUGUUUACAACAUUUC